CCACUUGCUCCAAUCACACCCUUCUCCUCGCUCCGGCGACACUAUAUAUAUAGCCUCGUCUCAGCUGCUCCAUGGCAUCUUAAACCCGUCGACUCAACUAGCUCAAGGAUCGAUGUCGGAGGAGAAGCCCCGCCACCACCUCUUCCACCACCACAAGGAGGAGGAGCAGCCCGCCGAGGACGUGCCCUACUCCGAUCAGCCCGCCGAGAACUUUUCCUACUUGGAUCAGCCCGCCGAGAACUUUUCCUACUCGGAACAGCCCGCCGAGGACGUGUCCUACUCCGAUCAGGUAGCCGAGGACGCGGUCUACUCGGAACCGCCCGCCGAUGAUGCCGCCGGCUACACUAAGAGCACCUUCACCACCGACUCCACCUCCGACGACUACGACAAUUACAAGGAUGAGGAGAAGCAGCACAAGCACAAGGAGCACCUCGGCGAGAUGGGAGCCAUCGCCGCCGGCGCCUUCGCCUUGUACGAGAAGCACGAGGCGAAGAAGGACCCUGAGCACGCGCACAGGCACAAGAUAGAGGAGGAGGUGGCGGCGGCAGCGGCGGUGGGAAGCGGAGGCUACGCCUUCCACGAGCACCAUGAGAAGAAGGAAUCCGAGGAGGAGGCGGAGGAAGCAAGUGGGAAGAAGCACCAUCAUCUCUUCUAAACUCUGUGUGACGUCGUCGUGUGUCGUCGGAGUUGCAGUACCAUGCUUAUAUUAUAUUAUAUUAUAUUAUAUUUCUUCCUGCAUGUUAUUGUGAGGAUUUCAGUGUUUGAAGUAAUAAAUAAUAUGGUUUGAAUUUCCUUCUAUCAA